AUGGGCUCUGUAUCUGCUGUAACUGUGUUGGGAAACCUUCUGGUAAUAAUCUCUAUUAUUUAUUUCCAACAGCUGCACACUCCAACUAACUUUCUCAUCCUUUCUCUGGCUGUGACCGACCUGCUUGUUGGCUUUGUGGUGUUUCCUCUCAAUAUGGAAUUCUCUGUAACCUCAUGUUUGUACAGUCCUAAUGUGUUUUACAGGUACUAUGCAGUGUGCCAGCCUCUGACAUACGGAACUAAAAUUGAUGUUCAUGUUGUUAAGAUCAUGAUUGUAAUAAGUUGGUGCACCCCCGUUUUUGUCGCUGUUUGUUAUCUUUUUGUCGGAUUGAGUUCUGAAAACUGCCAAGAAAACUGUGCUUUUAGUUUUGUGCUGACAUCUGGAUUGGGAAAUGUAUUUUUAUUUUACCUCCCAGUCAUAAUAAUGUUGUGUAUCUACUUGAAGAUUUUCCUGGUGGCUCAGAAACAGGCACGCAGCAUCCAGAACACCAAGUGUCACAGUAAAAAGAAAGGACCGACAGUCAGAAAGGUGGAAGGAAAGGCCACAAGAACUUUGGCAAUUGUAAUGGGAGUCUUUCUGAUGUGUUUGACUCCUUUUUUUCUGUGCUUAGCUGCUGAGUCGUUGGGAAGUUCCUCAGUGCCUGCUGAAGUGUUUGAAACUGUAGCCUGGCUUGCAUUGUUUAACUCCAUGCUCAAUCCGUUCAUCUACGCUUUCUUUUACAGCUGGUUCAGAUCAGCUUUCAGACUCAUCCUGUCUGGAAUAAUUUUUCAAGGGAAUUGUUCAAACUCAAAAUUGGUUUGA